UCCGAGCAGCACGGCUGGUCCUCCCUGGAGCGCGAGGGACCUGCUGCUCGCGGCCUCUCUGGGUCAGCGUCCGAGCGGGCGGCGAUGAUCCUCGAGGAGAGACCAGAUGGCCAGGGCACUGGCGAGGACAGCUCUCGGCAGCAGGACGACGGCAGCAUCCGCAAGGGCUAUGACUCCUUCGUGCAAAGCCAGCCUGGCCAGCUGCAGAGUCACAGGGCGCGGCUCCACCAGCAGAUCAGCAAGGAGCUCCGGAUGCGGACGGGUGCUGAAAACCUCUACAGAGCCACCAGCAACACCUGGGUCCGAGAGACCGUCGCCUUGGAGCUGAGCUACGUCAACUCUAACCUGCAGCUGCUGAAAGAGGAGCUGACGGAACUGAGCAGCAGCGUGGACGUGGACCAGCCGGAGGGUGAAGGUAUUACUAUUCCCAUGAUCCCCCUGGGACUGAAGGAAACCAAGGAGUUGGACUGGGCCACACCUCUGAAGGAGCUGAUCUCUGAGCACUUUGGAGAGGAUGGUACCUCCUAUGAGGCAGAGAUCCAGGAACUAGAAGACCUACGGCAGGCCACGAGGACUCCCAGCAGGGACGAGGCAGGCCUGGAUCUGCUUGCAACCUACUAUAGCCAGCUCUGUUUCCUGGAUGCACGUUUCUUCAGUUCCGCCAAGAGCCCAGGGCUGCUCUUCCACUGGUACGACUCGCUCACGGGGGUCCCGGCACAGCAGCGGGCUCUGGCCUUCGAGAAGGGCAGUGUACUGUUUAACAUUGGGGCACUCCACACGCAGAUCGGAGCACGGCAGGACUGCUCCUGCACCGAGGGCACCAGCCACGCCGCUGAGGCUUUCCAGAGGGCUGCUGGGGCCUUCAGACUCCUGAGGGAGAACUUCUCCCAUGCGCCAAGCCCAGACAUGAGUCCCGCCUCUCUCUCCAUGCUGGAGCAGCUUAUGGUUGCCCAGGCACAAGAAUGCAUCUUCAAGGGCCUUUGGCUGCCAGCCUCUGCCACACCUGACACCUGUCCAGAUCAACUGCAGCUGGCUCAGGAAGCCACCCAGGUGGCAACUGAGUAUGGGCUUGCACACCGGGCCAUGGCCCAGCCACCUGUCCAAGACUACCUGCCUGCCUCCUGGACGAACCUGGCGCAUGUCAAGGCUGAGCACUUCCGCGCCCUAGGCCACUACCACGCAGCCAUGGCCCUCUGCGAAAGUUCCUCAGCCAAGGGUGAACUCGCAAGGCAGGAGCACAUCGUCCAGCCCUCAACUACCUGUGAGCCCCAAGGUCUCACCCUGCCACAGCACCCAGAAGAACGCAGGAAGCUUGCCAAGGCCCACCUGAAGCGUGCCAUCCUGGGCCAGGAGGAGGCGCUGCGGCUUCACACCUUGUGCAGAGUCCUGCGCAAGGUGGACCUGCUGCAGGUUGUGGUGACUCAGGCACUGCGGCGCUCCCUGGCCAAGUACUCGGAGCUCGAGCGCGAGGAUGACUUCUUCGAGGCUACGGAGGCCCCCGAUAUCCAACCCAAGACUCACCAGGCCCCAGAGGUGAGAAUGCCUAGCCUGUCUCAAGUGAAGGUGACCGACCUCUUCCAUCGGCUGGGGCCCCUGUCUGUGUUCUCAACCAAGAAUCGAUGGCAGUUGGUAGGGCCGGUGCACAUGACCCGAGGAGAGGGAGGCUUUGGGUUCACACUGCGCGGAGACUCACCUGUCCUCAUCGCUGCUGUCGUCCCUGGGGGUCAGGCUGAGUCUGCUGGCCUGAAGGAGGGCGACUACAUCGUGUCCGUGAACGGGCAGCCAUGCAAGUGGUGGAAGCACCUGGAGGUGGUGACACAGCUGAGGAACAUGGGCGAGGAAGGCGUGAGCCUGCAGGUCGUGUCCUUGCUGCCCAGCCCUGAACCACGUGGCACGGGACCCCGACGGCCAGCACUGAUGUGGAACCAGAAAGAGUGUGGCUUUGACACACCGAUGCCUGCACGUCCCCGCCCCUGGCCCAUCCUUGGCUGGAGCCGCAAGAACAAACAAAGCAAGACUGGGAGCCACCCUGACCCUUGCACCAACAGAAACUGUGUCACCUGCCCCUGAGCUGACCCCCUGUGCCCCCGUGUGCUCAGGGUGGCUGGGGGGCGGGCAUACUCCCAUGUAUAUCACCCUGUAACCAGCUCCAGUUAGCCAGGUGUGCCGAGUGGAUUCUGUCCUCUACUCUGGGGGGCUAUCAGGCUGCCCCCAAGGCUGCCCCCAUCUUGCUUAGAGAUGUCUAUUAAAAAUGCUG